AUGCUUCAUAUUAAACGUGAGGCACUGUCAAUGUUACAACGUUUUGUACCUCGUAAAGUGAAUAUUCGUGGACAGAAAUUCUACCUGGAAUUGGCCAAUGAUAUGAAACUGCCGUUAAAUCUGUUCAAAAAAAUACAGCCAGCCGAUUUCAAACUUUCUAUGGCAAAAUAUGCAAUGAGAAGCGAUACCCAUGUAACAUCUUAG